GAGCUCGCGCCGCCUCCCGCUUCGCAGAACCCACGGGCCGAAGGGCGGGUGAACAGAAAUGCUUCCCAGCCGGGGAGUUGCCUGCGCUGCGUCCUCCAAGGCGCCAGGGCGGCGCGCUCCUCCUUGGCCCACUUCCGGCACAGCUGAGUCCUCGAGGGAAGGUCCUGGGAAGCGGCUUCUGGGGCAGAGCGCUCGGCUGUUUGGCGAUGGAGCCGCCGCUGGCGCCGCCGCAGGGACCGGUCCGAGUCUCGGCUGCCUCUUCUCCCGCGCUGGCCGCGGGGCAGCCCAGGGUUUUGAGUAGGCCGGAGCCGCCGGGCUCGGGCUCGGGCUGGGAGCGGGUCCGGGAGCUCUUCCGGCGAGAGUAAGCCCGAGGGUUUUGUUUUGCGAGAAUGCGAGGGUCGCCCGGGAAGCGGCAGGCGCCCCCGUCUCCUUGCAGCCAGGCGGGGCGGGCGCGGGGCUGGCAGUGGACGCGAAGGCAAAAGCUCUAGCCCACUCGCGUGCCGAGUUGUGUUGUCUCGAGCGUCACGCGGGCACUUUCAGCCUCUGUUGAUAAUGUGGCUUCAUUUAACGCUGGCGUUGCAUGGUGGGGGGUUCGGGAUUUCUGAAACGUGAAGGGGGCUUUUUAUGUCCUGAAGAGUUGAGUUCUCAUCGAAGCAUUUUCUCCCGCAGCGAGCUAAAUCGGUAUCCUGAAGAAACGGUCAAUAUCAUCAAAGCAACGUUUUGCGGGGGCAUUGUCGGCAUGGUCUAUGGCGGGGUACCCGGUUUUAUAAACGCCAAGAGACGGUACAUUGAGCAGAGCCAAGGAGAGGUUUUCCACAAUCGCUUGGAUGCUGCGGUACGGACAGAUUCCUGUCUUGGUAGAGCACACAUCAAAUCAGUCUUCUCAAGAAUGCCGUUACACACAUCUCCUUAAGUGAGCACACUAGGAGUGCUAUGGACACUUGCCACUUUCACUUCAAAAAGGUGGUUGUAGAGCUUGGGAAGGGCAACCAAAACUAUCAAGAAGCUGGGGCAACUCACCUGAGAGAAAUGUUAUGAUGUUAUGGGCUUUUUAGUUUAGAGAAAGUGCAGGGCGUGAUAAAGGUGUGUACUUGGUAUGGAAAAACUGAUUACAGUAGAUACAAUUUUUUCCCUUUUCAUAUAAUGCUAGAACCUGUGAUCAUCUGAUCAAGCUGAAUGCUGGAAUAUUUAGGGCAAAAGGAAGUGCUCCUUCACACACCACAUAGUUGUGUUUUUUUAAUAUUUUAUUAAGGAUUUUCUUGUUUUACAGAAGUAAGUGUAAUGCCUCGUAUUAUUUUUCCCCCCCAUGUAACAUUUUUACAAAUCCGUUUCAUUUGUUGAGGCAUUAGGGGGAGAAGAAAAAAAGGAAAAAAGAACGGGGGGGUGGAGAGAGGGAAGAUGGAUGGGGGUGGGGUCGGGUGGCGGUGUUUCUAUUAUGUUUAAUGUAUAUAGAGUUUGGUGUCAGCGUUGCUUGUGUUGUUCACUUGUGUUCCUUUCAAUAUGGCUAACACACACCACAUAGUUAAGGAUGGGAUUUUCUGCCAUAAGAUGUAGUAGUAGCUGCCAGGUUAUGUGGCUUUACAAGGGGAUUAUUCAUCAAUAAUAAAGCUGUCGAUGGCUACUAGUCAUGGCUGCAUACUGCCUCCAGUGAGUUGGUGUACCUGUGAAUAGCAGGAACAUACUGUGGAACAUGUGGGAAUGUGCCCUUGUGCUUAUGUUCUGCCUGCGGGCUUUCCAUAAAGAUUGGGUUGGCCACUGUGACAACAAGAAACUGGACUUCAUGGGGCUAGAAUGAGGAUCACAGCCAGCAUUUCCAUAUUGCCUGGGUUAUAGUCUGGAUAAUAUCACUGAAGGCAACUAAAAUGUUUAGUUCUGAGAUGAGCACUAAAAAAUCCAGAAAUAAAAAAGCAGGUUAUGUGCAUGUACAAAUGAGCUGAGUGGUCCAUAGUUUUGUCAACAGUAAAGCCUGCUGAAUUGUUUCUGGUGCAAGGGUCUAGUCCAGAAUCCAGACUAUAAAGGCGCAGGUGGGGAUGUGCAUGCAGAAGCAAAAUAAAUAACUAAAUUGUGUGAAAUGGAAGAUACUGGACUUCUUUGAUUCUUUCUGCUUCUAAACAAAUAUUUUAGCCCCUAUAUAAGAUACCUUACUAGUAGGCCUCCUUUUCUCAUUAACCUCAGGAAUGGUACAUAUAAAAUGUCAUUUGGGGUGUAAUAAAAAUUGGUAGUGUGGCCUGACAAUGUCUUUAAACUUUUGUAACUUUCUUGAUAGCGAACUGCACAUCGUGCAGCAAGCAGGGGCUUCAUCCGUUACGGUUGGCGUUGGGGCUGGAGAGUUGCUGCCUUUGUGGCAAUAUUCAAGUGAGUAUGCUUAUUCUUGGUUGGAUGAGGCAGUUUAUGCACAAAAACUGUUCUAAAAUGUUACCAUUGUCAUAUCUGUGAGCAGUUAAGUUGCAAGAUGAGACAGUUUAAAUAGAACCUCUCCUUGUGUCCUUUCCUUCUGACCAUCAUCACCAUCAGAUGGUGUAGAGUCUUGUAAAAACAGCUUAUCUACCCCCAGCCAAUCAUUGGGACUUGCAUAAGGCAAACCAACCAUUUCUGUUCUAUCAAAAAAAGCUAUGUUGGCAUAUUGAGAGCUGUGGUUGCUUCUCCUCAGAAGGUCUAUAGUCAUUCCGUAACAUCAUAGCAGACCAGCUAAUAAGAACUCUCAGGCGACUGGUGAAAAACUGUCUAUUUUUCUAUCUGGGGUGGGGCCAGGGUCUGACUGCGGUGCUCUGGGCCUACAUUCAACCCUUAUGACCCCCCUCAGACCAUAAUCCCUCCCAAGCUUUUUCCUUGGUUGGAAUGUAUGAAUGCUUCCUGGACAGAGAAUGGGAGAGGGUAUGUAGAGAAAGCUUGCAUGUAUGGAAUGUAGCCUAUUAGUGUCCUGUUAGUCAUUGUGUAUUUUUAAGCUGUAAUGACUGUUUUAUAUAAGAUCCAGGGAUAGGCUUUAUUUUACUUAUUUUUUUAGUCUGUCAUUUAUAAUUAAAACUCCUAUUAUUUAAAACUCUUACCUCAGGUAAUUGCAAUUGUCCUUGAACUUGAAAUGGCAUACUGUACUCAGUAUCCAAAUUACAGUCUGCUUUGUACAUUAUUUUUUUCUCUAGUUUCCAUUAGUAGAAAAAAACAUGCAUGCUAUCACUUGUGAAGUAUGUGUUUCACAUUUUGCCAUAAAUAUAUGGAUUGGGAAGUGUAUAUUUUUCCUGUGUGUUGUAUGUAAACUUUGUCCUGUGUAGAAAAGGUUACAUGUGAAAUGAUUCUAAAUAUUCACCGUAUCGUCUAAAAUGGGAAGAGUUAGCAAAAUUUUUAGUCAAGAACUACAGGCCACUGUUUGGACCACCAGAAAUAAAAGUCUUUUUCUUUCAUUGGGCAGUUUUCCUUAUUAAUCCUUGUUUUUCUCACAGCACAGUGAGCACUGCUAUGUCUGCAUACCGUGAUAAAAACGCCCUCAGUCACUUUGCCGUUGCAGGAGGUGAGGCGAUGAUAUUUGAAUGUUCUGUUUUGAAUGAGGCAGAAAAGUUAAUUAGAGAAAAUUAGUUUCAGAGCUCAAGAGUCCUGCUUCUUGGUCUAUUAAUCUUCACUUUUUGACCCCGAUCAAAUUCAAAAAUACGUUUUGUUACUUAAAAUGAUUUUUUUUAAACCAGGCAGAUCUUUGGGAUUGGCAUUUCUGUCCUGCUGAUUUCAGGAAAACUCAUUUCCAAAUGUGUAUGCUUAUGAUGACAGCAUUAAUAUUGUGCAAGCUAUAGUGGUUCUUUGGUGAAAGGUUCUUAAAGGAUUAUAAUAUUAGAGGAUUAGUAAAUAAUUUAGGCUACAAUUCUAUUCCCAGUUACUUGGUAGUAACUUCCCCUCAAGGGGACUUACUUCUGAGUAGAUAUGUAAAGGAUUGUGCUGUCAGUCAUGUUAAAUAUGAAUGGAGAAUUGAGAAGCCAGCAAAGGAGAGGCAUCUUCUCAGUUUCUCUUUCAUUGUCAGAUUUUGCUACUAAAUUAAUCUUAUAUUGAGAGAAGCCAUUUUUUGCUAGCUCUGAAAAGUGCUAUAAGUGGAUACUAAUUUGUAUUUUUGUACAUGCAGAAAUUAAAUCUUAUAAUUAAAAACACUUAAAAGAGAAACUUAAUCCCUGCCCUAAUUUUUCUGUCAGAGUAAGCUGUCUGCUGUGAAACUGCUAUAGUCCUCUGACAUAAAAAUGGCCCUAUUGAACCGACACAUCCAUAUUUUUAAAUAUAUAUAAUAACUGAAAAAAAUCUAAAGGAAACAGUUCACCAUAUCCUGCUUUGUAAUCUCCUUUGGUUUCAGCUGAGUUUGUACUGAGUCCUACAUAAACCUCGCUGAAAUUAUUGGAGGCUGCACCCUUUUAAAGGUACAUUGUCAACCUCUUGCAGAUUCCACUUGGCAUCUUGUCCGUCUGUUUUUUAGCAGACCCAUUUUUGUAAAGCUAUCAUGACAACAUGAAAGGACAAUCUAAUUCUCUUCCUAGAUAUCUUUGGUCAGUACGUAAGAAAAUAAUUAUGUGGGAGAGGUCUUUGUUUUAUUAACAUCUUUUCUCUUUUGUGAAAGCCCCAGAGCUGACCCGUUUUAAUGCAUUUCUGCAUAUUAUUGAAACUAGUAGUUUAUGACUUGUCAGCAUUCCCAGCUUCUGGCUCCACAAAUGGAAUUAGGAAUUCUUCUAAUUCAUAAGGGAGCAUCACAUUACCCACACACUGCAUGGAUGAAGGCAGCAGCUCCUGCUGGUUGCAUAUACCUAGAAAGAAGUACCAACUUUCCUUUCACAAAUGGGAGCCAUAACAGUUCUAACUUGAAUGUGCUGUUGGCCACAGCUGCUUAUGCCUGACAAAUGACUGGUAGAUUAUUUCCCCCAUAGAUGGUAAUUGGUAUGAUUCCUUACAGCACUCAGCUAUUGUAAUUUGGUACCUCUUUACGCUGGUCCUUGACACUUGAGAUGUACAUUUUUAGGAUCCUUUAUUGUAACUUGUUUUAAUUGGGUUUUCAUGUUGCAUUUAAAAUUGUUGUGAGCUACCCUGGGACGUUAGAAUGAAGUGUGGGCAAUAAAUCAAUGAAUAAUGAUAAUAAGCAUAAGCAAAAACCUAUAAAAUCAGUUGAAACUUUGAAGACAGACUGGUUUCUAAGUUGUGCUGACAACAUAGACUUCUCAUAUUGUGUUCUAAAAUGAAAUAGACAUUACAGUUGCCGCAGCAUACACUUUUAAGUGCGGAUGUAACAAACACGUGCACAAGUUUUUUAAGAUAUGCGUACAGUGCCUGUACAUAUUUGCUGUGGGAAAUACUGAUGCCCCCCCCCAAAUUAUAAUAUUUGGAGCUGCCCGUAGCUGAAUCUUUAGCGUGGAGUCCUGGAGCAGAGUCUAGUUUUACAGGGCAGGACAGGACAGGAAAAGGGAAGGCAGAAGGAAUGAUAAAAAAGCUUUUUCAUUGUAGCUGAGACUUCUUGCAAAUCUCUUGUGUGUGGUCUGAUUCUAUUAUUUUUCUUAUUUCUAGGUUGUACAGGAGCCUUGUUCAGAAUGCACUUGGGCUUGAGAGGUUUGGUUGGCGGGAGCCUUUUUGGGACGUUGUUGGGGUAGGUUGCUCAUAGAUGUACAGUACAUGUACACACAGAUGCACUAGGAACCAGAAUUGCUUCCUUUUGUUGGGUGUGAUAGUCUGCAGGUGUCAUUACAAGGCAGUUUUUGAAUCUUGACAGGAUUUCCUGCAAACUUCCUUUUAGCCUUAGACCUCGUCUGUUUUCUCUCUUACUGCAGAAGGUGGCUAUUUUUCUUCCAAUUUCCCACUUAGUUUUUCUGCAUUCUUCUUAAACAGAAAUUGAUUUUUAUUUGCCUGUCUACUAAUGUUUAAAUGGGCAGAGGUGCUGAUUUUAAAAAAAACACCACACAAAUUUAUUGAUUGCUGUGGUGGGUCAAUUGUUAAUUUGGAGGAUCCAUUUUCCUUUUGUUCUCAGUCAGCUUUUUCAGCCCAUCAUUUCUUUUCAUUUCUUUUCUCCUUGGAGGUGGGUGGGAGUAAAUGUUUAGUAGACAUAGGGUCAACAUUUAGGGAAUCAGUUUAAUGGAGAAGACUGUGAAAGACCCACACAGAAUUAUGUUUUCUAAUUAUAAGAACAAAACAAUAACAGUUAAGAAUGAUGGAUUCCCUUUCCAGAUUUGGGACACUUUUCUUCACCUCUACUACAUCAAUAGUUUUGAUGUGUGUUGCAUGCUGGGUAUGGGCAGUAAUGUUUAAUUUAAAAAAGACUAAAGGAAGAUGGAAUGUUCUCUGUUUGUGGUUGACAGUAGAAUUGAGCUCCUAUUUUGCAACUGCUUUAAAAAAAGGCUUCAAUCAAUCUUUAUUGUGGUCAAAGACCAGACAGCAGAAUUCACAACAGCCACAUAUACUAUAGCUUUAAAAAAGAAAAUGGAUGAAUAGGAGAAGGCACAGAUGCAACUACUGGCAGAGUGACUGGUCCCCCAUUGUUUAUAAGUAAUAAAGUUCUCCAUAUAGCUAAAUGUACUUCCUGUGUACUUGCAGUGUACCUGCUGGAGCAUUACUGAUGUCAAUGCAAAAAUUUGCUGGCGAAUCCUUGAUCGAGAGAAGAAAACGAGAGCAAUGGGAGCUGUAUGAACAGAAGCUGGCAGAAUGGUAAGGAACCAGUGCUGUUCGGUUUUAAUUAUUAACUCUGCUACUGAGCCAGGGUGGAUCUGCUCUUCAUCUAGGACUGCUACACAAUGAUUUUAGCCAUCUUCCACUAGUGAUGUGAUAUGAUGCUCUUAACACUGACCAUCAGUCAUCUUUUGCUCGUUUUGAAUUUUCAACUUUUGCAUUUUCUGGAGCUUUUGCUGAUAUGGAAUUGGUAGUUCCAUAAAAAUCCACAUACUGUUGUUGUAAUGGGCCCGUGGCUUGAUUUUAGCAUUAUUUGUAGAAUCCUCUUAAAAUCUAUGGCAAUUGACAAAUGGCACACUAGCAACCAUGGCAUUUUCUGGGUAUCUUGUGAUUUCAAGGGUGGGCUAUAGCCAUUUUUCUAGCCACCCAGUCCUAUUUCCUAAAGUGGCUAACAAUAUAGGUAAUUUUAAACAAUGAAGGAGCAUAGGAGUACUGUAUUUCUUCCAGAUGUUUUGGACUACAACACCCAUCAGCCUGAGGUAGCAUUGCCUAAUGGUCAGGGAUGAUGGGAGCAAUAAUCCAGCAAUAUCUGGAGUGCCCUAGAUUGGAGCAGACUGUUCUAGCACCAAGUUAAUAAUGUUUUAUGGAGCAUUCUAAUUUUUAAAAAAGCUUAAUUCACUCCCACUUGGUUGUAGUAUUUCAUGUAGUAUUUCCCAGGCCCUUCCUUACAUAGUUUCUGUAUUAGUUUUCUCCCCUCUUACACUGGUUUUAAAGUUAUAACCUCCUGAAUAAAAAUACACGAGGGGAAGAACAUUUUACAAUUAUGAACAGCCUUCUAGAGCUGUUUCCAGAUGAAAAUUUUAUCCUAUAGUUUUAAUAUAUUUCCCAUAUAUUCAGUGUCCAGUUUGUUCAUUCACUUUUCUGUGUGAACUGAUCAGUUUGUCCUAUGCUAACUGCAGGCAUGUGGGCGAUGGCAGAUACAGUGUAGGUGAAAAAGCCCUUUACAGCACGUCAUUGAGCCCUAUUGAAAGUGUUUCCAGGAUAUAUGAAGGGGAGAGAGGAUUGUCUAUAAGCAAAAAAUAGUUGUCAUGUGGAGGAUUGUGUGAAGGAAUAGUUUCUGUUUGAAACAAUUCGUUGUAGACAGUUAAUGAUUUGUCAGUGGUAAAUGGAUUGACUUCAGCCUACAAUGUUUGUUUGUUUUUAAAAAUACAUUUUUAUUAAAGGUUUCUUAGUGUACAAAACCACGUGCGUUAUCUCUUUUUUCAAGUUGUGUUUUCUACAAUUUGGUUUCAUUUGUUGUGAGACAUUAGUGUUACAUACAAUGUUAGGUUAGGAAGAAAAGAGGGGAAAUGGUGAGUGUGGUGGGGUGAUUACGUUUCUAUUCUUCUACUUAGUGUAUGUGUGGGGUUUUGGGUCAGCGUCACUUGUCUGGGUUCUCUUACUAUUCGCUCGUUGCGUUUCCUUGGUGGGGAGAGAAGUUGGGGUUGGCCUAGAGUGUGGUUGGUUGUCUUUGGGUGGCUGUAGUGAGAUGUGUGUGUGUGUGUGUGUGUGUGUGUGUGUGUGUGUGUAUUUGUGAAUCAGGUUAGCCAGAUUGAUUCGUAUGCUGUUGGUGGAUUCUUGUCAUUGUCUUGUUGGGCUGUGUAUGUGAUAAAGGGGAGCCAUACUGGGGUGAAGGCAUCUUCUUCCAUUUGUCCCUUUUCAGUUUCAGUUUAUUGGUUAGUUUUUCUAAUAAGUUUCAGCCUCCAAUGUUAAUGGUGAUAUAAGCAUAUGAGGUGCAGUUUUGUUUUCCUCUCAGAAGUACAACCAUGUUCUUUUUUCUUUUUCUUUUUAGGAGGACCAGGCUCAGCAUCACUGAAAACAUCUCAAAGGAAAUGGAUGAUGUACUUCAGGAAGGAGCUUCUCCCAGAUCAUGAGUGAAAACAAAUGUUCUUAGUAUUGCACACUGGAACUCUUAACAAGUGGUGUUAAAAGUUUUUCUUGUGGCCUGUUGCUCAGUACACAAUGGACUCUCUUGAAGAGCUCCUAGGUAAACCAGGAACAUGGAAAGUUCAGCUUCAGGUGAUGACUAGCUACCUCUUUAGUUGGGAGAGGAAUAAGCUUGAAUUACUUCUCUGGAUAGAGAAAGUACAAAAUUCACUUUUUGGGGAUAUGCUCUAAGGGAUAACAUGGGUGUAUUCCGAAGGUUUCCAGGGUAAGUUGAUGGGUUGAACGGUGGAGUAAAUCUAAAACAAUAAAGAAAAAUAAUAAUUAU